GUAGCUAGCUAGCUACUAGCUAGUCAACUAGUCAAGGUGAAGAUGUUAAAAAGUCGUCGAAUAUGCUGUUGUGUCUGUGGAUCAGGUUGCACAGUAGUCUCUCUCAUACUUCUUUCUCUUGCUAUUGCUUUAAUCAUCGAAUUUCCGUCUCUUUUGGAUCAUAUGGUGAAUGAAAAACUGACAAUCCUACCCGGUCAUUCCUCCUAUGAGCAGUUAAAGGAUCCUAGUCUACCCGUUUAUAAAGAUGUCUACUUUUUUAACUUGACUAACCCUGUGGAGUUCAGCCAGGGAGCAAGACCAAUUGUCAACGAGGUAGGACCUUACAGCUACAGGGAGUAUAGGAUCAAGUAUUUCAAUACAUCAGAUCUUCUCGAUGGAGAUAAUGUCCUUCAAUACACUCAAAGAAAAACCUUCCACUUCUCUUCUUCUACGUCACAGAACAAUACGUCAGAGACUGAUACUAUAUGUACUAUCAACAUACCAUUAGUGGGAGCAAUCACUCAAGUGUUAGGAUUAGAGAAUAAAGCAUUACGUUUCCUUGGUAAAAUGUUACUGAAAGCUGAGAUAAUAAUUAGAGGAGCUAAACUGUAUGUCUGUCAACCGGCAAGUGCGCUUGUAUUCAACUAUACCGAUCCACUAAUACAAUGGCUGCAUUCUAGUAAUGACCUUCGGAGAUUAGGAUUGAAUCUUCCAACUGAUUAUGUAUCUCUGCAGAAGAAUAAUUCAGCUGACGAUUCUCUUCCUAGCAAGAUAUACACUGGUCAUGAUGAUAUCAGUAAACUGGGUCAGUUUAUUCAAUGGAACAAUCUGACAAACUUAGGAAUAUGGCCAGGAGAUACAGCUAAUAAGAUUAAUGGUACUGAGGGUCUUGUGUUUCGUCCUGGUCUUAAAGAAGGGGAUUCACUUUUUGCAUUUGUUGAUGAUACUGUGCGUUCCUUUCCACUUGAGUAUAACGGGUCUAUUGAUAUUAAAGGACUACCUGCUUUUCGUUAUGCCCUUCCAAUGGAAGUAUUUGAUAGUGCAUUUAAGAAUGAAGAUAAUGCUCGCUGGGGGUCAUGGUGUCCGGAUGGUCUCAUUUACCUUGGAGUUAUACAAACACCAAGUGUACCUGUGUUUGGAUCUAAAGCACGCUUCUUGGAUUGUGAACCUGAACAGACAAGAGAUCAAGUGGAUGGAAUGCUAGUGCCUCAUAGAGAGAUGCAUGACACUUUCAUUAAUGUUCAUCCUACUAUUGGCAUUAAUAUUCAAUUUCAAAGAAUACUCCAACUUAAUGUACAAGUCAAUAGGACAGAUGAAUUCAAGGAACUCAAGAACAUCAAUGGGACCAUAUAUUAUCCUGUCCUGUAUAUUAAUGAGCAUGCUGAAUUAACUGAUGAUUUCAAAAGUUACCUAAUGAAGAAUGGACUUCAUCAGAUCACUGUUGCUACUGAUGUAAUGUACGGAGGGUAUGCUUUUCUAUUUGUGGUAGCUUUUAUUGUACUAUUGGCAGCUGUUGUAUGUUUUUGGAAAGCAAGAUCUAAUCGCAGAAGACAGGAAUAUCAGGCAAUACCCUGCAACUGAAUGAGAAUAAUUUUCAAUCAAUAUUUUCCAAUUUAUAAUAAUGCGUGAUUUUAAUUAUUGUUUUAUUCGAGACAUUUUACGAGAAAUA